GCGAUUUUUGCCAGUGUUUAUUUACGCUUCAUUCUAUAAAGACGUGGCAAUGUCGAAAGAUAUACAAGGAACUACCGUGGUAGUGACCGGCGGCGCGAGCGGCAUCGGUCUCGCGAUCGCCGACGCGUUCCUCCAGCACGGCGCCCACCGCCUCAUCCUCCUCGACCUCAACGCCCAGCAGGCGGACCAAGCUGCCGCAACUCUAAACGCCAAGCACGGAAACAAGGCUACGUUCAUUCAAUGUGACGUCACUAAAGACUUGGACAAAGUUACGAAAGUAAUUUUAGACACGUACAAAAGAGUAGACGUCUUGGUGAACAGUGCUGGUAUUGUAAACGAAAGGAAUCCGAGGAAGGUGAUCGAAAUAAACCUAACAGCGAUCAUAGAGUGGUCACUGAAAUACUUGGAAAUUAUGAGGACUGACCGUGGUGGAAAAGGCGGCACUAUAAUAAACAUGUCGUCAAUAUACGGUUUUAUGGUGGAUCCAUAUUUAACUGCUUAUAAAGCUUCCAAAUUUGGAGUCCUUGGUUUUACGAAGAGUAAAGGGCAUAUGUAUAAUUUCAAGAAAACAGGCGUGAGAAUUUUUGCUAUCUGUCCAGGAAUUACGUCAACGAAUCUUGUCACUGAUUACAAAACUUGGGAAGCUGAGGAGAAUCAAGAGGACUUUGUAGCAAUGUUCAAUGGGAUGCCUUGGCAGGACGCGAACAGGGUCGGAGAGGGAACUGUAGACGUGUUUCAGAAGGCUAAUAGUGGAACAGCUUGGUUAAUUCAAGGCGAAGAACCCAUUUCUGAAGUGUAAAGUUGUUUUUCGU